AUGCUGGGCUCAGUUAUUUCAGCUGUGAUGCUCUUGGUUUUGACAGGCCAGGACAGAAUUGUUGGUGGACUGGAGCACAAAGCUCAUGACUAUAAUAAGUACCACACUAUGGAUGAGAUCUCAGCCUGGAUGAGUCAGAUUGAGAGAGAAAAUCCAGACGUUGUCUCUAGUAUCAUCUAUGGACACACUUAUGAAAAGAGGAGCAUCACAUUACUAAAGAUUGGCAUCAACAGCACCACACCAAAGAAAGCCGUUUGGAUAGACUGUGGAAUCCAUGCCAGAGAGUGGAUCGCUCCAGCGUUCUGCCAAUAUUUUGUAAAAGAGAUUCUUGGCUCCUACAAAACAGACUCAAAGAUGAACCUGUUGUUGAAAAAUCUGGACUUUUUCAUCACUCCGGUGCUGAACAUGGACGGGUAUAUUUAUUCCUGGAAGGAUAACACAACUCGACUGUGGAGGAAGUCCAGGUCACCGGGCACUGCAGACUGCGAAUGCUUCGGCACAGAUCUCAAUCGCAACUUUUACGCUAACUGGGGGAUGGUCGGGAUCUCCAGAAACUGCUGCUCGGAGAUCUAUAACGGUAAGACCGCUCUAUCUGAGCCGGAAGCCGUGGCCGUCACUGAUUUUUUGGGAGCGCAUCAGAACGCGAUUGUCUGCUAUCUCACCAUCCAUUCCUAUGGUCAGCUGAUCCUCGUCCCCUACGGACACCCAAACAUCUCGGCACCAAAUUACAAUGAGCUUAUGGAAGUAGGUCUCGCUGCAGCUAAAGCCAUCAAAGCAGUUCAUGGGAAGGAUUACAGAGUGGGUUCUUCACCUGAUGUGCUCUACCCAAAUUCUGGUUCAUCCCGUGACUUUGCGAGACUCAUCGGGAUCCCCUACUCCUUUACGUUCGAGUUACGAGACAAAGGGGAAUACAGUUUCCUUCUACCAGAGGAUCAAAUUCAACCCACGUGUCAGGAGGCUUACCAGGGCGCAAUGUCCAUCAUAAAUUAUGUCCACGAUAAGACUUUUACAAGCUCAGCAAUUACGCUAACCGCCGUGUUGUGGCCAACACUGAUGGGUUUAUGGAUCUCAAGCAUUAAUGGAUUUUAA